CUUUCUUUUUUCAUACUCAUCAACUCAUACAUCAAAAUAUGUAAUAUUUAGUGCGAAAUUCUACUAAAAUCUUUUCUAAUUUAAUUUAUCUGUUAAUAAAGUGUAAUAGUGAAUAUAUCAAUCCAUUAGCAUGUUACAUCGUGGUUUACCACCUGAAAUUCAAGUCUUAGGAACGAAUUAUGUUCGAGAUGAAUUUAAAAGACAUAAAAAUUGUAACGAAGAUAUAGCAAUUAUAUUUAUGAACGAAUGGACAGAGUAUGCUAUAAUGCUUACAAAACAACUUGGGCUAAAAGGACCACAUACAGCUAAACCUUUAGGUGAAAAUUUAAAAGAAGAAGAUUUUAACAAAUUUAGGGAUGAACAAUUAUAUCAGUUAUAUGAACUAAUGAUUGCAUCAACUGGUAAAAUUAAUAAAAAUACAGAAGAUACGUAAUUUAUUCUUUCUAAAAUAUAUUGUAUACUAUUAAUAAUAUUA